AUGAGUCGCAGCCCGGAAAGAAUUUCGUCCUACCGCCGCCACUUUGAGGACACCACCACUUCGUCCUAUCAGGUGCGGGUCAGCAGCCCUUCUCCAGUCAGGAGGGAUGCUGGAAGAUGCCGUUCUGCCAGUUACACCCGCACUGCAGCGGCGGCAGCAGUGGGCAGGAGCAGCAUGGCUGUGGGCCGCAGGACACUGUCCAGCACACGCAGCAGGCCGCUAAUGACAGGAGUUGGGGUGGGCACGGUGUGUGUGAGUGCUGGAGGAGCAGUGAUCGAUCUGGAUGCUGUUGCUGCUGAAAACCAGAAGUUCCUCAGCACCAGGACGGGAGAGAAGAAAGAGAUGGUGGCUUUAAACGACCGACUGGCGGCCUACAUCGAGAAGGUCCGCUCUCUGGAGCAGCAAAAUAAGCUCAUGGAGACUGAGAUUGAAGCCCUUCAGAAUCGCUUCUUGAAGCCCACUGGUCUACGCAUCCUGUACGAGGAGCAGCUGAAGGAGCUCCGCAGAAUCGCCGAUCAAAUGAAAGUGCAGCGGGAUCUUGCUGUUGCUGCUAAAGACGCAGUGGCUGGUCAGCUGGACAUGAUGAAAGUGAAGUACGAGGAGGCCCUGGAGCUGAGGAAGAAGGCCGAGCUGGACAUUGAGGCCUUCCGCCCAGAUGUUGAUGCUGCCACCUCUGCUCGCAUUACGCUGGAAAAGCAACUGGACAACCUGGAAGUGGAGAUUGAGUUCCUUCAGCGGCUCCACAAGGAGGAAAUCGAGGAGCUGAUGAAGCAGGUGUACGCAGCCCACACCUCGCUCCAGGAUGCUUACGCCCUGCCUGACCUCACUGGCGCUCUUCAGCAGGUCCAGCUGCAGUAUGAAGAUAUCGCGACCAAAAACCUACAGGAAAUGGACUCUUGGUACAGAACUAAAUUCGACGACCUCACGGACAAAUCAACAAGACACGUCGACACCGUCCGAAGCGUCCGAGAAGAAAUCGCAGGCGCAAAGAAAGAUAUUCAAGGUAAGGAACGUGACUUGGAGUCACUGAAGACCAGAAAUGAAGCUCUGGAAGCUCAAAUCCGUGAGAAGCAGGAGAAGCACAGGAAAGAGCUGGAGGAGCUGCAGGCCAGGAUCGAAGCCCUGCAGCAGGAGCUGAAAUCCACCAAAGAGAAGAUCGCUCUCCACCUCCGUGAGUACCAGGACCUCCUCAAUGUGAAGAUGGGCCUGGAGAUUGAAAUCACCACGUACAGGAAGCUGAUUGAAGGUGAAGACUCCCGCCUCAGCAGCAUGGUCCGAGGUCUGCAGACCAUGUCUCUGAUGGCUGGCGGUGGACUCGGGGCUAUUGGCAUCGGAGGAGGCCUGGGGGCCAUCGGUGCUGCUGCCGCUCUGGGGACCAGAGGCGGUAUUGCAGGAGGCGUUGGUGUGGGAGUCGCAGGACUGGGAGGAGGCCUGGGUGCCGGAGGUGUCGGAGAAGGCACGACCCUUGAUUACGGCAAAGAGCAGGCCGUGGAGAUGACCGAGAGGAAGACCGUGCUGAUUAGAACAGUUAAAGCAGAUGAUGACACAGUUCAGAGAGACAUGCAGGAGAGAACCUACUCCAUCACUGGAGCAGCACAGGAGGAAGAGGACGAAUGA